GAUGAAGAAAACGCGGAAACGAUAGAAAAGAAUAAGAAAAUUGUAAUUACCAAAUUGGACGGUUUUCGAUGAGAUUGACUCCUUUGAAUUCCAGAAGAUUCCUUCCUUGCUCUGCGUUUAAGACAGAACAAACCCCAAUUUCGGUGUUUCAGAAAUCGGAAUCGGAAUCAGAAUCAGAAUCAGCAUCUACAGCUAGUCAAAAUCGUAAUCGGAGAAGAAACCGAAGCGAACAAGAUGAGUACUCCUUCUGAUCAAACCACAAACGAAGCUAAAACAACAACACCACCACCACCGCCGCCGCCGAAUGAUUCUCAGUCUCAGUCUCAGUCUCAGUCUCAGUCUCAGCCUCACUCCACCGAUUAUGCUCCAUACCCUAAAAUUGACCCCAACGAUGUUGCUCCUCCUCCGCCACAUCAUCCUAAUUUGACUUCUGAGCCGUUGCAACCGGUUACUAGUCCCGUCGCCGCUGAAACUCGCGCUCCAAUUUCCGGCGACGCUGCAACCACCAUGCCUCCCGAGUCCAAUCCCUAUGUCUCCCCUGCACCUGUUCAGCCAUCAAAAAAUACUUUGGAUUCGGUGAAGGAUGUUCUUGGAAGAUGGGGGAAGAAAGCCGCUGAAGCUACCAAGAAGGCCCAAGAUCUAUCUGGAAAUAUGUGGCAGCACUUGAAGACUGGUCCUAGUUUUGCUGAUGCUGCUGUUGGGAGGAUUGCUCAGAGCACAAAGGUUCUUGCAGAAGGUGGCUAUGAGAAGAUCUUCAGGCAAACUUUUGAGACUGUUCCGGAGGAGCAGCUCUUGAAAACGUAUGCGUGCUACUUGUCCACCUCGGCCGGACCGGUAAUGGGAGUUCUGUAUUUGUCAACAGCAAAGCUUGCUUUUUGCAGUGAUAACCCACUUUCUUACCAAACGGGUGAUCAGACUCAGUGGAGCUAUUAUAAGGUGGUCAUUCCGUUACAUCAGCUGAGAGCGGUGAACCCAUCGGCAAGCAAAACCAACCAAUCCGAGAAAUAUAUACAGAUCAUCUCUGUCGACAACCAUGAAUUUUGGUUCAUGGGCUUUGUUCACUAUGACAGCGCUGUUAAAAAUAUUCAAGGAGUGUUGCAAACCCGUUGAUGCACACAGCACACGCCAUCAAAGACGUUGCCAUGGAUGAUGUUUAUGUUGAUAAGUUUUCAUUCACAGAAACAUGAAAUGUUUUACUGCUGUAUGGUAGUCCUCUGGUCUAUAUAGUUUGUGGAGCUGCUGUUUGAUUAUUUCUGAAAUUUAGAUUUUGUUUGGUUUAUAUUUUUAUUUUCUGUUUUUUUUUUAGUAUUUUCUCUUUUUAGAAUUUUGAGAAAAGAAAAAGUGAAAACAAUAAAAUUUUAUUUUCUGUUUUCACAUCAUGUUUUUACUUUUUCUAUUACAAAAUUCUAAAUAUAAAAAAUAUUAAGAAAAUUGAAAAUGAAAACACAAAACUAAAUUUAUUCAUAGUCUAUCUUCAUGGUACAUAACUGUUAUUACAAAAGUGUAAUUUUUUCCAUAUGUGAAUUCAGUUCAUAUUACUUCUCUCAAACGUGUAAGUUUAUUCAUUUAUUGUAAGUUGAAUGAAUAUAUACUAUGGUUCUGCA